CCAGGGAUGGUGGGGCCUGGUGGGCUGCCGUCUAUGGGGUCGCACAGAGUUGGACACGACUGAAGCGACUUAGCAGCAGCAGCAGCAGAAGAGGUAUGGUGUUGAACCAGGCCACCCCUCGCUGCCUUUGUUAGAUGUGCAGUAAAGACACGUUCUCCCCAGUAGUGAAUUAGGCUAGGACCUCUGAUGGUAAUGGUUCCUUAAUUCAGGGAGCCAGGGCUGCAGGCAUCUGGGUGGAGCUGACAAGUAGAAUGAAUUUUUUGGAGGAGAAAGGAGUCCAGGGUGGGUAAUGAGCAGCUGUUCAGAUUCUUCUGGGGCUUGGCCUAGCUGAGGCUCGUGUCUGUGGACAGGGGCUGCUCUCUGCCUUUGCCUUGUUAGACAGACUCCAGACCUGAACUGAACUGGCUGAGGUUGUAAAAACUACUUCACUGCCCGAGACUUCAUUAAAGCUAUAAAUCUUCAGGCCCUUAAAAAUAUUAGGUGUAUGAUUAAUACUACUGUUGUCCUUCGUUGGAAUGCUUGCUUGUAUUUAAAAUCCUUUGGAGCCUUUUUGCCACUGGGCCAUCAUUGAUCAGUUAUCUACAGUUGCUUUUGUAAGGCCCACCCUGGGCCCAGCCCAGACAGAACUGGAUGCUCCGUGGAGCAUAAAAGUAUCAUGUGAGAUGAACUUCGCCCUCAAGGAGUUUCCCCACUGAAAGCAAUUAGAGAACAAUUUGCUUCCAGGCCAGACGUGUCUUAAGAGGGAUUUUGUUUCUGAGGGUGGUGGUUACUUCCACACCAGUCACCCCACUGAGAUGGCUGGGGUUACCUCUGGGGAACAUUUCCUGGUACCCAAAAUGGAUUCAAUGGCUGUUUGGGAGGAGGGAGGUGGUGGCAGUGAUGUAAUCUCAUUUUUCAUUACCCCACUUGUCUCCCUUUGACAUUGCUUUUCUAAGCACCUAUACCCUUAGAAGGCAGCCACCUACCCAUAUCCCCAGUGAGCCCCAGUGCCUAUCGUUCCACCAUUCCCCUGAGUCUGAAGACGUUUGCAUUUCCCCUUAGAGUCCCCUUUUAAAAUAUUUACACCCUGUGAGAGAGGUCAGUCUCUUGGCAGUUCAUCACUAAACAGUAGCUUUAAUUACCAGGAGUUAAUUAAGUCAGUGGGGAGAGAGACUGGGACCCAGGCAGGGACUUGGGGGCAAGAGUGUCUAAAGGGACAUGUUCCGUGCGACAGGAGAGGCAUGUGGGCAGCACAAGAAACUUCCAUGAACAUUAGUUGCUGUGGGCAUGUGCUGCUAAUGCUGGGCCACCCUAGUGGUCCUGCUGCCCUGGGUGUAGGGUGUAGCACGGCCUCGCACUGGUACAGGGGACUUUGAGGUGGAGGUGGAAUUUGGGCUCAGUCUUAAAGGACUUCGCUGAUGGAUGGCUCAGCAGGUUAAGGAUCCGCCUGCAGUGCAGGAAAUGCAGGAGACACAGGAGACACCGGUUCAAUCCCUGGGUUGAGACGAUCCCCUGGAGAAGAAAAUGGCAACCCACUCCAGUAUUCUUGCCUGGGAAAUCCCACGGACAGAGGAGCCUGGCGGACUACAGUCCAGUGGGUCACAAAGAGUCGGGCAUGACUUGAGUGACUAAGCAGCAAGCAGCUUAAAGGAUUAGAAGGUGGUAUUUGGAAACUAGACCAUGUGCCUAGGUAGAAGCUGUUCCUUUCUCCACAGCUCUGCACCCCCAGCGACACCUACCACGCCCUUGUGUUGAGAGCCUCACUGAGCAGGUCCAUCAGCGGUCUGCAGACAGGUAUUCCGAAGUCCCUGGACCAGGUCAUUCCUGAGGUCCACUUCAGCUCCAACAUCCUCCCUUGCCUGCAUCCAGCCAUGGGGGAUAUGAAGACUCCAGACUUUGACGACCUUCUGGCUGCCUUUGACAUUCCAGAUCCCACCAGCCUUGAUGCCAAGGAGGCCAUCCAGACCCCCAGUGAGGAGAAUGAAAGCCCCCUCAAACCCCCAGGCUUGUGUGUGGAUGAGAACGUGUCCUUGUCUCACUCAGGCUCAGCCUCGGAUGUGCCGGCUGUGAGUGUCAUCGUCAAGAAUACCAGCCGCCAGGAGUCAUUUGAGGCGGAGAAAGACCACAUCGCCCCCAGCCUCCUGCACAAUGGGUUCCGGGGCUCUGACCUGCCUGCAGACCCCCACAGUCUAGGCCACAACUGUGGGAAGUUUGACUCCACGUUCAUGAAUGGAGACAGUACCAGGGGUUUCCCCGGCAAGCUGGAGGCCUCCAAGUCAGAGCCGUUACCAACUUUUAACCAGUUCAGUCCGAUCUCCAGCCCAGAACCCGAGGACGCCAUCAAAGACAAUGGGUUUGGGAUGAAGCCCAAGCACUCUGACACUUACUUCCCGCCCCCUCCUGGGUGUGGGUCUGUGGGGGGCCCUGUCCUGGAGGCUCUCACGAAGUUUCCAGUCCCGGAGCUGCAUAUGUUUGAUCACUUUUGUAAGAAAGAACCCAAGCCUGAGCCCCUGCCCCUUGGCAGUCCUCAGGAGCACGAGCGAGGUGGGCAGAAAGCAUUGGAGGUGCACAAGGAACUGGAUGCCAGUCGAUUCUUCGGGGAUGCCCUGGACUUCAGUAGCCAUCCCAGCAACAGUAUUGGAGAGCCCAAGGGGCUGGCCUCAGAGCUUGGCACCGGCUCGGCGGUCCCCCCCAGGCAGCGCCUCAAGCCAGCUCAUUCCAAGCUGUCCUCCUGUGUUGCGGCCUUGGUGGCCCUGCAGGCUAAACGAGUGGCCAAUGUCUCCAAGGAGGAUCAGACCAGCCACACGAAGGAUCCCUCAGGGCCCGCGAAGGAGGGCUCCAGAGGCAGCCCCAAGAUGCCCAAGUCACCAAAGAGUCCCCGGAGCCCCCUGGAGGCCACCCGAAAGGGCAUCAAGCCCUCUGACAGCCCUCGGAGCAUCUGCAGUGACAGCAGCAGCAAGGGCUCCCCCUCCGUGGCUGCCAGCUCCCCACCAGCAAUCCCCAAAGUCAGGAUCAAAACCAUCAAGACAUCUUCAGGGGAAAUCAAGCGGACUGUCACGAGGAUCCUGCCAGACCCCGACGACCCCAGUAAGUCCCCCGCUGGCUCGCCGUUAGGAAGCACCACCGCCGAGGCCCCGAGCGAGGCACCCGAGGAAGAGGCCACCACCCUGUCUGGGGUGGAGCACUUUGCUGAGGUGGGGGCACAGCCUGGGAGCCCCCAGAGUGACCAGAAAGGGGAGGAGUACACAGCGAAAGCCAGUGAGCCUUCGCCUUCCUGCUUCAGCUCCGGGGCCCGGGGCCAAAAGGGGGCUGCCUCGGGCGCGCAGGCGGGCAGAAAGCCGCAGCAGAGCCCGGCACCGCCAGCCUCCACCCCCGCCCCUGCCAACCUCCUGCCCAAGGCCGUGCACCUGGCCAACCUGAACCUGGUCCCCCACAGCGUGGCCGCAUCAGUGACGGCCAAGUCCUCCGCGCAGAGGCGGAGUCAGCCUCAGCCCACGCAGAUGUCAGUGCCCCUGGUCCACCAGGUGAAGAAGGCCGCCCCGCUGGUCUUGGAGGUCUUCAACAAGGUCCUCCACAGCUCCAACCCCGUGCCCCUCUACGCGCCCAACCUCAGCCCGCCCGCCGACAGCAGGAUCCACGUGCCGGCCAGUGGCUACUGCUGCCUGGAGUGCGGGGACGCGUUCGCCUUAGAGAAGAGCCUGAGCCAGCACUACGGCCGGCGGAGCGUCCACAUCGAGGUGCUGUGCACGCUGUGCUCCCAGACGCUGCUCUUCUUCAACAAGUGCAGCCUGCUCCGGCACGCCCGCGACCACAAGAGCAAGGGGCUCGUCAUGCAGUGCUCUCAGCUGCUUGUGAAGCCCAUCUCUGCGGACCAGAUGUUCGUGUCCACCCCUGCGAACUCCACGGCGCCAGCCGCCACGGCGCCCCCCUCCCCCUCCCAGCCCGGCCAGGCUUCCAGCAAUGCCAGCACCCCACUCCCCGCCUUGCCGCUCUACCCGGACCCCGUGAGGCUUAUCCGGCACAGUAUCAAGUGCCUGGAGUGUCACAAGCAGAUGCGAGACUACAUGGCGAUGGCCGCACACUUCCAGAGAACGACUGAGGAGACCGAGGGGCUGACCUGCCAGGUGUGCCAGAUGCUGCUGCCCAACCAGUGCAGCUUCUGCGCCCACCAGCGGAUCCACGCCCACAAGUCCCCCUACUGUUGUCCGGAGUGCGGGGCCCUCUGCCGCUCUGCCUACUUCCAGACCCACGUAAAGGAGAACUGCCUGCACUAUGCCCGCAAGGUGGGCUACAGGUGCAUCCACUGUGGGGUUGUCCAUUUGACCUUGGCCUUGCUGAAAAGCCACAUCCAGGAGCGGCACUGCCAGGUUUUCCACAAAUGUGCGUUCUGCCCCAUGGCCUUCAAGACUGCCAGUAGCACUGCGGACCACAGCGCCACCCAGCAUCCCACCCAGCCCCACAGACCCUCCCAGCUCAUUUAUAAGUGCUCCUGCGAAAUGGUCUUCAACAAGAAGAGGCACAUCCAGCAGCACUUUUACCAGAACGCCAGCAUGGCGCAGGUGGGCGUCUUCAAGUGCCCCGAGUGCCCACUCCUGUUCCUGCAGAAGCCGGAGCUGAUGCAGCAUGUCAAGAGCACCCAUGGUGUGCCCCGCAACGUGGACGAGCUGUCCAGCCUCCAGUCCUCAGCAGACUCGUCUUCAAGCCGCCCUGGCCCUCGAGUGCCUGCUGAGCCGCCAGCCCUCAGUGUGACUGCUCGGGGCAGUGCCCUGCCCUCCAGCCGCUGGGGCAGGCCUGAGGCCCACCGCAGGGCUGAGGCCAGGCCCCGGCUGAGGAACACCGGCUGGACCUGCCAGGAGUGCCAGGAGUGGGUUCCAGAUCGGGAGAGCUACGUGUCCCACAUGAAAAAGAGCCACGGUCGGACGUUGAAGCGGUACCCGUGUCGGCAGUGUGAACAGUCCUUUCACACCCCCAACAGCCUGCGCAAACACAUCCGCAACAACCAUGAUACAGUGAAGAAAGUCUACACUUGUGGGUAUUGCACAGAGGACAGCCCCAGCUUUCCUCGGCCCUCCCUCCUGGAGAGCCACAUCAGCCUUAUGCACGGUAUCAGAAAUCCUGAUUUGAGCCAGACAUCCAAAGCCAGACCUUCGGGUGGACAUUCCCCUCAGGUGAACCAUCUGAAAAGACCAGUCAGUGGAGUGGGGGCCGCUCCUGACACCAGCAAUGGCACGCCAGUCUCUUCCACCAAAAGGCACAAGUCGCUUUUCCAGUGUGCGAAAUGUAGCUUUGCCACGGACUCGGGGCUGGAGUUCCAGCGCCACAUACCUCAGCACCAGAAGGACAGCUCCACAGCCCAGUGUCUCCUUUGUGGCCUGUGCUACACCUCUGCCGGCUCCCUCAGCCGCCACCUCUUCAUCGUCCACAAGGUGAGAGACCAGGAGGAGGAAGAGGCAGAGGCGGCAGAGCCAGAGGAGGUCUCUGGGGAGGAGGUGCCCAUGGAGACCAGGGAGAACGGACUGGAAGAAAGUGCCGAGGAGCCUCUGGUGGGCGACUCCGAGACGGGGAGAUCUCUGGGCCUGGCCCAGGAUGAGGACGGGGCCCAAGAUGCUCCCAGUCGACCACAGACCUCUCAGGACCGGGACAGCCACACACCAUCCCCGCCCGUGUGACCAGAGGCCCUGCGGUGCGUGGUCGGGGUGGCGCCGUGGCGUCCUCCGCCUGCUGUGUGGACAGUGGGAAAGAACAGGCCCCACCCAGCGUGAGUGUGUCCGGCUGUGUCCUGGAGCAGUGUCUGCCCUGAGCUGCGGGGAGCUGGGUGGCCCCCAACCCUGGGAGAUACGGGGUCACCCAGGACCCUCACAGCUCCGAAUCUGCUUCUGUUAUUUAUGGCUUUGUGCUGCUUCUCGGUACCCCAACUCUCGUCUGUGUCCUUCCAACCCUGCUGCUGUCACCUCUGCUCAAGGCCCUUCAGCAGCCGCGCUCUUCUGGGAGGUCCCCUUUCUCUGCCUUCAGCCUGGGCCUCCCUGCAGCAGCUCGCUUCAUAAUUCCAGAGCCUGAGACGGGGAGGAGGGUGCUGGCAUGGUCCCCCUUGGAGAGAGCUCGCCCAGCCUGGCUUGCAGAGGGUUCUCGGUAACCAUGCCCUUCCUCUCUGUCUUCUCUGAUUCCUUCCCCGCAAACAGUCCUGAGGAUUCAUUGUCGCACGGGCUCAUCCUGUCUGUGUGGGCGGGAAAAGCUUCUGUUUGGAAGCCAGGCACAGAGAGGCAGGACCCCCUGCUGCCCCACUGCCCCUCGAAGGAGCUGUGCGUCCUUGUUCUGCUGCUGUUCUGCCUUUCCUGAUGAGCGCGGGGUUUGAGGCACACAGACAUGGGGAUAUUUGUACUCUUGCUCCUGUGCCAUUAGAGAGGCCGCUGCCCUGGCAGCCAGCCCCUCCUCCUCUCGGCUACACUCAUGUUGCUCAGACUAUAUUUCAAAUAAAAGAAAACCUUCUUACCAUG